AUGGUUGCUGCAAACAAGCAGACUCAAUCCAUGUUAUCAAGUUUGAGGACGGAGAUUAUGUCCCCGCUACAACAGCUACAUGCAAAUGCAGCUGGCCACUCACAGGUCCGCAGCAUUGAGCAAAACCUUGACCUUGCGAAUCAGACAGUGUGGCAAAAUCAAGGCCAUCUGAAAGGUCAGGACGAUAUGCUGGAAAGCCUCGGUGAAACGUCGGAGAAGAUCCAGCAAGUCCUGCUGAAGCUCCAGACGCAGAUGGAGAAGGUGAUCACCCGCUUGACUCCACCACAACACAAAGCUCCACCACCUCCUGCACCACCGACACAGCCGUCUGACCCUCCAGCCUCAGAAGCAGCACCGAAAACUGCUCCAAGUGGACCAAGUACAGCAUCCACGCCUUCACCGAUCUCACCGAUGCAAGGGAACCCACAGCCUGAGGUACCGAUCCUGCGCAUCCAAGAAGCACUGCCCCUGAGACAGCCGUUAUCCUUGUUCCCUAAUCUUCAGAACCCACAACCCAUGCAGUGGACGGCCUUGCAGAAUGAUGCGCGGGCUCGCGAUGCCUUAGCCUACCUUGCGCAAGCCUGUGGGAUGCUGGGAUGA